GCGGACGUGGACCGGCCAGGUCCGCCCUUUCAUGUAGUUCUGGGGAAUGAGGCGUGUGAUGUGGACUCCAUGGUGUCUGCUUUGGCCUUCUCCUAUUUCCUGUUCAAGACAGCACACGGUGACACGGUCCCUUUGCCGCUGCUCAACAUCCGCCGGUCCGAGCUGGUUCUGCGGUCAGACAACGUCUUUCUGCUGCGCCAGGUCGGUUUGUCUCCAGAACUUCUGCUCUUCAGGGACCAGGUGGACCUGCGGGCUCUGCGGCGGGCCGGCCGCCUGCGGCUGACGCUGGUCGACCACAACGUCCUGCCCAGUUCCGACUGUGACCUGGAGGACGCUGUUGUUGAGGUAAUUGACCAUCAUCACCAGGAGAGAGAGUCCAACCCCACCUGUCCUGUUACCGUGGAGACGGUGGGAUCCUGUGCUACCUUGGUGACUGAGCGGAUCCUCCAGAAAGCCCCUGAGAUCCUGGACCAGCAGCUAGCUCAGCUGCUCUACGGAGCCAUGGUUCUGGACUGUGUCAACAUGGAUCCUGCUGCAGGGAAAGUCACUCCCAAAGACAGUCAGUACGCCGAGGCUCUGGAGCGGCGCUUUCCCACUCUGCCACCGAGGGGCGCUCUCUUCCAGUCUCUGCAGAACGCAAAGUUUGACGUUUCAGAUCUAAACACGGAGCAGAUGCUUCUGAAAGACAUGAAGGCCGUUUCUGGAUCUUUAAAUGUCGCCAUCUCUGUUCUCUACAUUACACUGGAGGUGAGCCAGUACCUGGAGCAGAGCUGUAGCCCCGCCCUGGACCUCUGCCCAACCAGCACUCCCCUUCCUCACGUCUCAGCCUAUCAUCAAGGAAACAGGCUGGCCUCCAGGAAGAAGCUCCUCCCCCUGGUGAAAGCCUGUCUCAGGGAGCAGCAUGGAGGCGGGGCCCUCGGCCCGGGAGAGGAGGAGUCAGACGUUCCUCCAACACCCAUGAACAGUCUGGUGGAGGGAUGUCCUCUGAACGAAGGUCUGCCUCAGAUCAGUGUUCAAGACCUGCAGGAGAAGGUCAGCAAGCUGGAAGCUGCUGACCUUUGACCUGUGGCCUGGAAUAAAAUAUAUUUAUCAAGCUG